AUGGAUUACUACGCCGUGCUGGGCGUGCGGCGCGACGCGAGCUCGCACGAAAUCAAGGCGGCGUACAGGCGGCAGGCCAUGAAGUGCCACCCGGACCGCGUGCAUGCUGCUGGUAAGGGCGCCACCAGGGGCGCACAGGACGCCGCUGCUGCUCGCUUCCGAGCCAUCGCCGAGGCGUAUGAGGUGCUGGGAAAUGAGGCGCGCAGGCGUGCAUACAACAGCCGCCAGCACGCAUGGCGGCAGCGGGCGGGCCAUGGGGGCACAUGGGACUCGUGGCGGAGGCAGCACAGCCAUGCAGAGUGGGAUGCCGGGCGAACGGACGGCGGAUGGGUGGCGGCAGUGAGCAGAGGCAUGGGACCUGCUGACCUCGCCUUCCAUGCUGCCAUUGGCAGCCUUAUUGUGGGCGGGCUAGUGCUGGGCGGCUCAGCUGGGGACUACCUAUGGGCCUCGGCCAACCGAGGGAAAUCAUUUGAGGAGGCGAUGGCAAGAAUAGGUACCACUAGGGCAGCACCUCCUGUGGCAAAUGCUGACAAUGCUGAUGCCCAAGACACCGGAUGGGGCACAUCGCCCUCGUAG